AUGUUUAAGUACUUGCUUAUUCUAUUGAUUAUAAAUAUAUUUUAUUGGUAUCGACCAAAUGAGGUGGUGGAGGAAGUACAUGUAAUACAGAAAGAAGAAUAUGAUGGAUUUAAGAUUAAGCAUAUAUUUCAUCAUGGGUCAGGGAAGAAUCAUAACAUUCAUCGAAGACUUGAUUUGACUCCUGAAUACAUUAAAAAGACUGGUCUUGACGAAGUUGAUUCUACUAAGUAUCAUCAUAUUGACACCAAUCAACAAGGAUUUGUGAAUAUUGAUGCAAUGAAUAGUGAUUAUGAUUGGCCAUCAAGUGUAAAAGGUAAUCCCUGGACAAUGAAUUUACCCUAUAAAUAUAAGAAAGGAAGCAUUAAAAGGUUAACUGAACGUCAUACCCCCGAUUUUAUAGAUUCAUAUCUUGAUUAUGCCAUGUCAGUUAAAGGAAACCCUCAAAUCAUGAAUCGGAUUACUUUGGAUUGGGAGGACGAAGAAGUUUUAUUACCAGAUGUUAAUGAUAAAGAGACGCUUGUUACAUUAGCAUUGAUGUCAUCAAAUGCAUAUGUGAAGUAUCCUAUAGAUGAUGAUGGCAAAAAGGCAUCUGAUUGGUAUGAUAUAGGAGAACCUUGGGUUCCAGAUAAAAAUCAUAGUGAUGUUGAAUUUGGUUGGGGAGAAGAUGGAAUUAGGGGCCAUGUAUUCGUUAAUGAAAAGGAUAAGAUCAUAGUGGUGGCAAUCAAAGGUACUUCAGGAGCAGCUAUACCAGGGGGAGGAGAUGAAGAAACUACCAAUAACGAUAGAAUAAAUGAUAACCUUUUAUUUUCAUGUUGUUGUGCUAGAGUUAGUUAUAUGUGGAAAACAGUUUGUGAUUGUUAUGAAAAGGCAUAUACAUGUAACCAAGAUUGUUUAGAAAAAGAAUUGAUGAGGAAAGAUAGAUAUUACCAAUCGACGUUGGAAAUCUACCGAAAUGUUACAGAAAUCUAUAACACUAAAGAUUAUGAAGUUUGGGUCACAGGCCAUUCAUUAGGUGGAUCAUUAGGUUCACUUUUAGGUAGAACUUAUGGAUUACCAGUAGUGGCAUUCGAAGCACCUGGAGAAAUGUUGGCUACUAAAAGAUUACAUUUACCUCAACCUCCAGGAUAUCCAAAGUAUAUGGAACAUAUAUAUCAUAUUGGGAAUACCGCUGACCCCAUAUUCAUGGGGGUGUGUAAUGGAGUGUCACUGACAUGUAAUGCAGCAGGUUAUGCAAUGGAAACAGCAUGUCAUACAGGUAAAUUAUGUGUUUAUGAUGUAGUUACUGAUAAAGGGUGGAGUGUCAAUGUUUUGAAUCACAGGAUACAUACGGUUAUUGAUGAAAUAAUAAUGGUUUAUAAUGAUACCGCACAAUGUGUAGAACAACCUCCAUGUAGAGAUUGUUUCAAUUGGAGGUACGUUGUUCAUGAUGAUGAUGAAAACGAUGAACCAUUUUUACCUAAUCCAUUGAAACCUCAUAAAAGUAAAACAAAGGAAGAAAUUACCACCACUUCAUCCUCGGUAUCAAGUAAACCUUCUUCAAUCGAAACUGGUACAAUUUCCAGUGAAACUUCAGAACCAAGUGAACCACCUAAGAAACAAAAAUGUCUUAAACGAACAUGGUAUGGAUGGUGUAGUGAAUGGGGCGAAGACCCUGAUGUCUAA